GCGAGGACGCGAGAGAGGUAACUUAAGGUAGUUAAGGUAGCCGAGGGGCGGGGCCGCGGCUCACCCGUCACUAUCCCACAAUUCUUCGCGUAGUCGCCGUUGUCCCCGCUCAAGAUGGCGCACCUGGUGUCGUGUACCCCGGCCGUUGCCGCCGCCUUUCAAAGGCAGCGGCUCUCGGCCGCCCUGCUGCGGCCCCUGGGCUCCGUCCUCAGCCCCGGCUUCGGCGUGACCCGACCGCGGAGGGCUGGCGGCUCGGGGAGCCGCCGAGCCUAUCAGAUUUCAGAUACAUUCAGACAAGCCUCAUGGAAGCAUUUUGGGACACACCAUUCAAGACAGUUAUUUGAGAUUACAAAGGCUUGCCAGACGUGGCCAUUGGUAGAAAAGAGAACAUGUUGGCACGGUCAUGCAGGAGGAGGACUUCACACAGACCCGAAGGAAGGGCUAAAAGAUGUAGAUACCCAAAAAAUCCUAAAAGUAAUGCUUUCGUAUGUAUGGCCAAAGGACAGACCUGAUCUGCGAGUUCGAGUUGCCAUUUCUCUGGGCUUAUUAGGAAGUGCAAAGGCCAUGAAUAUAGUAGUUCCCUUCAUGUUUAAAUAUGCAGUCGACAACCUCAACCAGAUGUCAGGAGACAUGUUAAACUUGAGUGAUGCACCAAAUACAGUUGCAACCAUGGCAACAGCAGUUCUGAUUGGCUAUGGUGUGUCAAGAGCCGGAGCUGCCCUUUUUAAUGAAGUUCGAAAUGCAGUAUUUGGUAAAGUGGCCCAAAAUUCCAUAAGAAGAAUAGCCAGGAAUGUCUUUCUCCACCUUCACAACUUGGAUCUGGGCUUCCACCUGAGCAGACAGACAGGAGCUCUGUCAAAGGCUAUUGACAGAGGAACAAGGGGUAUCAGUUUUGUCCUGAGUGCUUUAGUAUUUAAUCUUCUUCCCAUCAUGUUUGAAGUGACCCUUGUCAGUGGGAUUUUGUAUUACAAAUGUGGUGCCCAGUUUGCACUUGUCACCUUGGGAACACUGAGUGCAUACACAGCUUACACAAUUGCAGUCACACGGUGGAGAACUAAAUUUAGAAUAGAAAUGAACAAGGCAGAUAAUGAUGCAGGUAAUGCUGCCAUAGACUCGCUGCUGAACUAUGAAACUGUGAAGUAUUUUAAUAAUGAAAAAUAUGAAGCACAGAGAUAUGAUGGAUUCUUGAAGUCUUAUGAGACAGCCUCACUGAAGAGCACUUCUACCCUGGCUAUGCUUAACUUUGGACAAAAUGCUAUUUUCAGUGUUGGCCUAACAACAAUAAUGGUUCUUGCCAGUCAUGGAAUUAUGGCAGGGUCCUUUACUGUUGGAGAUCUUGUAAUGGUGAAUGGGCUGCUUUUUCAGCUUUCACUGCCUCUGAACUUUCUGGGAACUGUAUACCGAGAGACUAGACAAGCACUCAUCGAUAUGAACACUCUGUUUACACUACUCAAGGUAGACACACAAAUUAAAGACAAAGAGAUGGCACUUCCCCUUCAGAUUACACCACAGACAGCUUCGGUGGCUUUUGAUAAUGUACAUUUUGAAUACCUUGCGGGUCAGAAAGUCCUGAAUGGAGUAUCAUUUGAAGUCCCUGCAGGAAAGAAAGUGGCCAUUGUAGGAGGUAGUGGGUCAGGGAAAAGCACAAUAGUGAGAUUACUAUUUCGCUUUUUUGAACCCCAGAAUGGUAACAUUUAUAUUGCUGGUCAGAAUAUACAAGAUGUCAGCCUGGAGAGCCUAAGGAAAUCUGUAGGAGUGGUGCCUCAGGAUGCUGUUCUCUUCCAUAACACCAUCUAUUACAAUCUCUUGUAUGGAAACAUGAAUGCUUCAGCUGAGGAGGUUUAUGCAGUGGCAAAAUUGGCUGGAAUCCACGAUGCUAUUCUUCGGAUGCCUCAUGGAUAUAACACACAAGUUGGGGAACGAGGGCUCAAGCUUUCUGGAGGAGAAAAGCAGCGGGUAGCAAUCGCCAGAGCCAUUUUGAAGAACCCCCCUGUCAUUCUCUAUGAUGAGGCUACGUCAUCAUUAGACUCAAUUACUGAAGAGAAUAUCCUUAGUGCCAUGAGGGACAUAGUGAAACACAGAACAUCUAUUUUCAUUGCACACAGAUUAUCAACAGUGAUUGAUGCAGAUGAAAUCAUUGUCCUGGAUCAGGGUAAAAUAGCUGAGCGGGGAACCCACAGUAGUCUCCUCGCCAGCCCUGGGAGCAUCUAUUCAGAAAUGUGGCAUGCCCAAAGCAGCCGUAUGUCAAAUAUUAACAAUCCCAGGUGGGAAGCAAGGAAACAGCAGAUAUCCAAAGAGGAGGAGAGGAAGAAACUCCAAGAAGAAAUUAUCAACAGUGUUAAAGGCUGUGGAAACUGUUCCUGCUAAAUUCCGCAAGGCAUUUUAAUUGUUUCUUUAAAAAACAAACAAGAAAACUUCAAGUGACACAUUUGCACUGAAGCAGAAUUCCUGAUUUAUUUAACAACAAAAGCAGAAAAUCUUACAUUUCCCUCUUGUAAAAUUCUUCUCUGAGGUAUCAGUUCUUUGGCCAAAGGAUUUUCUUUCUCAAUCUUUCUCAGUCUGUCUUUGUAUUCUUCUUCCUUUCUCUGUACCCUCCCCCCCCAAAAAAAAAGCCAUCCCACUUUUUUUUUUCUAGUAUCCUUUUAUUCCAACAUUUACCAUUGGAAGGUAAAACACCACCAGCCACUCCUAGUGUUUUUCACUUGUUUGGAUGGUCAUACUAGAACUGGGCUAAACCUGAUUUACUGUUCUCUACAUUCUGACUUCCCCCACCAUGAUUGAUUUGUUAAAGUGUUAAUCUGCAUACCCAGCUAAAUCACAUGGGUUUACACAUUACUAUAAAAUAUUUAAAGUUUCUUGACGCUGACAAUUUGGUUGAAAAGAGUUUCGAUCCUUAAAGAAAAAGAGAGAAAAAAGAAAAAAAUGUCUCAUAGUUGCCUGCCUUCUUGAAAUAUAUUGCAUUGAUCUGAAAACUAAUUAAUAAGCACAUUCAAAGCCACAGAUUUCCAGGCCUGCUUUAUAGGUCAUCUGUGCUAGUCGAUAAAACACCUACCUACCUUAUGUUGUUUCAAGUAUUUUGGUGGAGAAAUUCCCUUGAACCAAUGUUGGCAAGGAGGAUGUUCCACUGAGGCCCUAGGCUGAAAUGUAUAGUUUUGGCAGGUGGGCAGGUGAUUCUUAGAGCUUUCAGCAGAAUCUGAAAACAACUGUUCAGAUUUAAGGAAACUUAAACUUUUUCUUUCUCUCAAUGUUCUUUUCUUUUACCAUCUGAAAUUAUGCAGGGGGAAGAUGGGGUUUUUGAGUCAAGCAGCUUCCAUUUAAAAAUCAUUAAGGACUAUUAGGAACCCAGGGAGGAUUAGUCCUACUCUCUAGGUGAGGAACAAAGGUCAUUAAUCUCAGCUGACACUUCAGGUUCUAGGUAAGGUCUUCCCUUUGGCUCAGCAAUUAAAUGUGUUCACACUUUGCUUUCUAGCGGGGAGGCGCCCCAACAGGUAAUCAAGUUUUACCUUCUAGAAACAAUUAGCAAAACACUUCGAUACCUAUGUCAGUUGAUAACUGGACUAUCUUUUCUAUUGUGCACUUCUUUUAUUCUCAUGGAUGGUCAUUAUUCGUUUUAUAAAACUUUUUGAUCUCCUAUAGUGUGGAAGAAUUCACACAGAGUUGUAUAUAAUAAGAUUUUUUUUCUCAGAAAAAAAAUCAGACUAUUUUAAUUGUUAUUAUUUUUAAGGUUUUAAUGUGCAUUGUGUAAGAGGAAAUAUGGGAGUUCGUAUGGAUUUAUUUAUGUGUAUUGAAUCAGUAGAUAGGUACCUGGGUCUUACCUAAAUCAGGUAUUCAAUUUUAUUAUGUCAGAGCAAAUCUAGGGAGAUGAGUAACUGGAAGCCAGUACUUUAAGGGGUAGUCUUUGACACCAGAAAUAUGUGAAGCAAGAACCUGCUCUUAAGGUUGGCAUUAAGAAAAAAGUGCUUAAUCAACUGUAAAAUGUUAUUCAAACAUUACAUCCUCUACAGCCAUAGGCAUUACUGAUAUCCUGAGAAAUAAAAUCACUGUUUCUUUUCUUUUCUUUUUUUUUUUCAAACAAAUCAGUCACAUUGCUGGAAAUGUGGUAAGUGGUUCCAUGUCACUUGUUCUCCUUUGGCCCUCCCUUCUGGGUAUUUUCUUUAGCUCAGAGGAAAGGGAAGCAACAUGUACAGUGCCCUGACUUGGAAGUCAGAGGACCCGAAUUCAGAUCUUUCCUCUGAGUGUUAACCACCGCAUGUGACCUUUGGCAAAUGACUUUCUCUCCCUGGACCUCAGUUUUCUCAUCUGUAAAAUCAAAAUUUGAGACUAGAUGCUAGUCUCUGAGAUCCCUUCUAGCUCUGAGACUAUGAUCCUAUAAAGAUAAAGCUCAGUUAAAUAAUCAAGAAGGUAGGAAUGAAGUAGCCUUUCUUAAAUACACACAUAUAUGUUUGGAGUAAGAUCUUUCAGUAUACAAAUGGGACACUUGGUUUGAAUAUUGCAAGUAGGUGAUGGUUUGUUCCCCAGAGGUUAUCUAAAGCUUGUCUAGAUGUGAUCCUAGAUCAUUAGUCAGGUUGCUGGGCAUUUUCAUUGGAUAAUUAGGCAGUAUUUUCAGUACGUGGCCUGAAAAAUGCAGUUGUCCUCGGGUCAGAACUAUGACUUGGAAGAAAAUGUCUUUUCUCACAGAAUAGCCAGAAUUUUAAAAGACUUCUGGUACAAUCGAGAGAAACCUCUUCUUUUUGCAGAUGUAUCACAAUGGCCACAUUGGAUUUUUAGAAUUUUUAAGGUGUAAGGGCCCUUAAAGGUCUACUGAAGCCAACCCCUUAAUUAUUUUCCUGAUGAGAACAUUCAGGUCCCUCAAAAUGAAGCAAGCCUGGUGCAGUGGAUAGAGUACUGGCCCUGGAGUCAGGAGCACCUGAGUUCAAAUGUGGCCUCAGACACUUAUUAGCUGUGUGACCGUGGGCAAGUCACUUAACCCUAUGACUGGCAUCGUGUCUCUUACUCCCCUUACCCUGCCAAGUGAGCUGCCCAGUUUCACAGUCAGUCAGUGGCAGAGCAAUGACUUGGAUCCAGGGCUCUCAGUUCCUAGUGCAGUCUUCUUUCCAUUCUGCCACCCUUGUUGUCCCCGUGGGGAAUGGGCAAGGACAGUGACAGAGAGGCCAUCCUCCAACCCAGCUGGUAAUUAUCAUAGUUCAGUAUGAUGACAUAAAAGCUCUUCCCAAGGUAAAGUGAAAGAAGAGGUUCUUUGAAUCAUGUAAUUAGAGUAAAUGCCAAAGGAAAGGGCACUUGGUCCAUAGUGAAGUAAUUUUACAUUAUAAUAUAUAAGCAAGCAAAAGGGAGGUUGUCUCUAAGUCGGAGCUGCAGACAAAAAUGCUUUUUAUAAAAAGUAUUUUCUCUGAAUAUGCUGCAGCCUUGAAAUCUGGAUUUUGAACAGAGGAUGUUUCACUUGGGAUUACCUCCAAUAUACCCCAGGCCAAUCCCCUUCCAUCCCUGGGAGCCCUAAGUUUGUAACUGGACUGACCCUGAAAGAGUUCUGCAUUGUAAGGCGUGGUCUGGACACCUUCUUGAUAAUGGGUGAGUCAAUGAGCUCAUUUGGAAAAACGUGAAUGGCUCAAAUGUAAGAGUCACCUGUGAAAACCAGAUCAGAGUGCUAGAAUUGCACAAACCUGCCUUGGCAUCUGCAACCCAAAGACAUGAACUUAAAAUGUGCAUCCUCUUUUCCUCUGGAGGAAUUCACACUUUUUUCUAUACCUUCAGAUAAAGUUUUUGUUUUUUCUUUCUCUCUAGCUGUUGACAGAACCCAAUUUUUGAAGAUGGUCAUCCUCAAAGUACAGCAUGCUUUAAAAGGCAAGGGUAUCCAAAGGUCCUACAGUUCCUGUAUUUUGGGGACAACUUGUCCAAACUUUGCCCAUCUCAUUGCCAGCUUUCACAUGUUUUUCUCCCUGCUUUCCUGAUUGUUCAAUGUAUCACUGAGCAGCAAUUUUUGCAACACUUGUUUCUUAAUUGUGUUUGUUUCACAUCUUUUAUCUCAGGACUAUGUAUUAUGAAUUCAUAAUUGUAAGCUCUUUCCUGUUCCAGUAUGGAGAAUUGAAUGUAAACUGUACAGUAAACAACAGUAUUAAAAGCCAAAGAAGCUGGCUAAAACUGGUUGGUUUAAAAAAAAAAACCUAGGGAAGCCGUUUAUUACAGUUUUCUUGUUUAUGGUAAUCUGUGUAGAUGAUCAUUACUAAAUAAAUGACAACUCUUUCUGCA